AUGAAAACUGCACUUAUUACUGGUAUUAAUGGUCAAGAUGGCUCUUACUUAGCGGAAUUUUUAUUAGUUAAGGGCUAUAAAGUACAUGGUUUAAUUCGUUAUUCUUCUUCUAGUAAUACUGAAAAAAUAAAUCAUCUUAUUAAGAAUAAUAAUUUACAUCUUCAUUAUGGAGAUUUAACCGAUUCUAAAAAGCUAAUUAGUUUAGUUAAAGUAAUCGAACCUGAUGAAAUAUAUAAUCUUGCUGCCAUGUCUCAUGUAGCUAUUUCAUUUGAUAUUGCCGAAUAUAGUGCAAAUGUUAAUGCUCUUGGUGCUUUACGUUUAUUAGAAGCAAUUCGUAUUAAUAAUCUUGAACAAAAAACUAGAUUUUAUCAAGCAUCUACUUCUGAAUUAUUUGGUAAAUCUCCAGCACCACAAAAUGAAAAAACCUCCUUUAUACCAAGGUCGCCAUAUGCUGUAGCUAAAGCCUAUGCUUAUUGGAUUACUGUAAAUUAUCGAGAAGCUUAUGGUAUUUAUGCUUGUAAUGGUAUUUUAUUUAAUCAUGAAUCGCCACGUAGAAGUGAAACUUUUGUAACUCGCAAAAUAACUCUUGGGAUUGCGAAUAUUGUUUAUGGAUUAAAAAAAUGCUUGUAUCUCGGUAAUUUAAAUGCUGUUCGAGAUUGGGGACAUGCUAAGGACUAUGUGCGUAUGCAAUGGCUUAUGUUACAGCAACAACAAGCAGAUGAUUUUGUUAUAGCUACUGGUAAACAGCUUACAGUACGUGACUUUAUAAUCAUAGCUGCCAAUCAAGUAGGUCUCGAGAUUAAAUUCAAGAAUCAAGGCAUUGAUGAAAUAGCCACGGUUGUUAAGGUUGAUAAUAAUUUAGCUCCUGCGGUUAAAGUAGGAGAUGUUAUAAUUAGAGUUAGCAAUAAAUACUUCCGACCUACUGAGGUUGAAAACCUUUUAGGAGAUGCAACUAAAGCAAAAACCACAUUAAACUGGCAGGCAAAAUUUAACGCUGUUGAUUUAUGUCGAGAAAUGCUUAAUCAGGAUUUAAAACAAGCAAAAUUAGUAAAACAAGCACAACUAAAGAAUACCCAAAUAGCAACUAAAGCAGAGUUCUUAUGA